UCGACUUCUCCGCCAUUGCCAUUCUCCUCCUCCUCCCGCUCCUCUGCUCUUGCUUCCUUCCUUCCCUCUCUUCAAUGGCGUAAAGCGCUUCUCUCUCUCAGCUUGAUCGGAUUUGCAUUCAACUCAGGAGUUCGAUAAGCUCAUGUUAGCGCUGACUUCUCUCCAUUUGUAAUCCGUCGGUUUACUUCUGCGUCAAUUCUCAUAUUCAAUGCAGACGCUAAGCUUACGCUUCAAAAUCUAAUCACUCUCUCUUUCUCUUCUCUUUCGCCGAGAGAGAGGAAAAGGAGGGGGAGAGAGAGAGAAACGCUACUCUGGAAAUGGCGACUUCGGCGUUCAGGUCCACGACGAAGAGGACCCCCAUCGGGGCUUCACCCAGUGCCUCCGCCGAGGACUCCACUUCCUCGAACCGGAGCUCUGCUCACCGCCGGUCCCGGAGCCUGAGCCGAUUCUCCCAUCGGCUGCCCGAACCGGAAGUCCCUUCCUCCGACGACGCGCCGGCUCCCAGGGGAAGGUUCGUGAACACCGUGCGGGGGUCUGGGUUUCCUGAGAUCAGCCUCGACGACCUUGCUAUUGAGUUCUUCUGCUCCGGAGAUCGAGGUCGGUCAGGCGCGAGGAAUGCUGACGUCAGCCCUAGGAAUGGGGAGAGUGUUUCCCAGAGGCGUGGGAGGUCCGUUUCCAGGCAGAGCUUGAGAACUGCUGGCGGCGGUGCGGAUCGGAGGAGCAGCGUUUGUAAUGCUUCUGCCGGGGGAAGGACAAUUUCAGAGAAUCACUCGCGCAGGCGGCGGUCACUCUCUGUGGUUCGGUGCCCGAUCAACGACUCUGAGAGUGAUCUAGAUCAUUCUCACCAUUCAUUUGGUCGAGCUAAUCUGAAUAGUUUCAGUAAUGGGAGCAACCAAAAGGUCCCAUCUGGGAAACUGGCAGCAACACCUCAGAGACCAGGGCUGCGAAGGUCUUUGAGCCAAAAAGAUUUCAAACCCUAUGAUGGCGACUCCUUGAAUCUUUCUCAGAGCCAGUCGUCAGCCCUUACUGAUGAUGAAGUUAGGGAUACCAAUUCCGCUAAAGAUGGAAUUGAGCGGACAAUACGUGCAGUUUAUGCCCAAAGAAAGGCAGAGCACCCAAUAGGGGAUGAUAUGAAUGGUGAAUUGCGUGAAGUGAUGCGUAAAGAACUUAGACAUGCUGUGGAGGAGAUCAAGAUGGGAAUUGAACAGGUGAUGUCAAAGGGUUCCUAUGAUCCAGAGAAUGGUGAUGGUCUUCUGUCAAAAAAUUCUGAUGUUCUUCAGGCUGUUUCUACUAUCAGGAGAAAUUACUCGAAUAAAUUGGGACAGUCUGAGAAGCGUAAGCAAGAUUUAUUGGCCGAAAUUGUGAUGGAAGAGCAAAGGGGCAGGGAGCUCUCAGAGAUCGUGAAAGAAUUACUUCCCGAACCAAAUGCCAGUCUUACAGUCAAACCAUCACGCACCAGAAGGAGGAGUAAUGACAAGAGCAGGAUGUCUAAACGACUCUCGCAGGAGGCUGAGAAGUACAUCGAGGACUUCAUUUCUAAUGUUGAGGAUACUGACAUAUCAUCACUUGAUGGAGAAAGGAGUGAUACGAGCUCAACCAUAGGGGGAAUAGUAAAGAUUGACACUUUUCAAAGUCCUGCACCAACCAAGCCCCUCCCUGUUGAGAUGGACGGGGUUGUGCUGCCGUGGCUGCAAUGGGAAACCAGUAACGAUGUUUCUCCAGAAUCGUCUUGCAAGAAGAAGAUGGAGUCUCCGGUGACUCCAGUUUCCAGCAUGUGGAGUGCAGCACGGGAAGCCAAUAAUGGGCGGGACCAAAGUGGUUAUACUGUGAGCAGCCACGGGAGUUGGAACCCCGAAACUCUCCGUGCCCCAAUGGCUUUUAGAGAACCAAAACUUCUCCCGGGACGAUCUCCCUCGGUUGACAUAGAUGAAUAUUUGAAGGCUACAGCGGAUGAUGAUUUGCUGUUUGAAAGGUGGAGCCAGAAGCAGAGAAUUUCUUCAGGCGGGUUACUCCUUUGUAACAAUAUUAACGCGUUCUUUUAGCCGCUGUGAUCAUGAAGGCAGGAUUCACUGUCACCAACGAUGGCAUUUGCCCACAACUUCUGAAUUGGGUUUUGUAUAGUUUGGUAGCAUCUUAUAAGUGACAGAUCCAAGCCUGCCUGGAGGUACAAACUUUGUCGAUGUGCAACUUGUCCUUAUAUUUUCCAGCCUAAGAUAAACUUGUGAAUGAGCUUAAGCACUGCACCUGAUUAAUUUUAGCAUUUGGGUUCGGCACGGCA